AUGUCUUCCCUGGAAGAAAGGGACGUGGGCGUUGCGGUCGCCCCUGGCUCCUCCUCGGCCGGCCUGGGGGUCGGGGCCGUGGGGGCAGCGGGAGAGGCUGUCGCCGGGGUCGCGGCCAUGCAGGAGGAUGUCGGUAUACGGAGAGAGGGGCCCGAGCCUGACCCGGACGAGCCGCCCAAAAAGAGGGUGAAAAUACCCGAAGGGGAGUCAGGGAAGCUGGAGGAGAGACUGUACUCAGUGCUGUGCUGCACCGUGUGCCUUGACUUACCCAAGGCGUCUGUUUAUCAGUGUACCAAUGGACACCUGAUGUGUGCUGGCUGUUUUAUUCACCUCUUGGCUGAUUCUCGUCUCAAGGAGGAACAGGCCACGUGUCCCAACUGCAGGUGUGAGAUAAGCAAGAACUUGUGCUGUAGGAAUCUUGCAGUGGAGAAAGCUGUCAGCGAGCUGCCGACAGAAUGCACCUUUUGCCUAAAGCAGUUCCCCCGCUCCAGCCUAGAGAGACACCAGAAGGAGGAGUGCCAAGACAGGGUGACGCAGUGCAAGUACAAGAGAAUCGGCUGCCCCUGGCAAGGCCCGUUUCACGAGCUGCCGGCACACGAGGGCGAGUGCUCUCAUCCGACCAAGACUGGUACAGAACUGAUGGGAAUACUGGGAGAGAUGGACCAGAGUCACCGCAGGGACAUGCAGCUUUAUAACAGUAUCUUUAGCCUGCUGUGCUAUGAGAAGAUCGGCUUCACAGAGGUGCAGUUCAGACCGUACCGCACUGAUGACUUCAUUACUCGUCUGUACUAUGAAACCCCACGUUUCACUGUUCUCAACCAGACGUGGGUACUGAAGGCCCGGGUCAAUGAUUCAGAGCGCAAUCCCAAUCUCUCCUGCAAGCGUACGCUCUCCUUCCAGCUCAUCCUCAAGAGCAAGGUGAACUCUGCCCUGGAGUGCUCCUUCCUGCUCCUGAAGGGGCCGUACGACGACGUGCGGAUCAAGCCGCUCAUCUACCACCACUCCUUCAGCAACGACACAAACGAGACCGACUACGUCCCUCUGCCCAUCUCCGACUCGGUGGAGUGCAACAAACUGCUGGCCGCCAAAAACAUCAACCUGCGCCUGUUCAUCUUCCAAGUCCAAAAAUAGAGACCUCUAGAGAAGGAGGAGGAGGAGAGGGCAGAACGUCGGAACAGUGAAGGAGAAGAAGCGUGUGGAUUGAAGGCUAGCGUCAAAGAGAGGACGUGAUGAUUAAAGAGACGCCACUGAGCCAUUGAUACCUCUUAACGCAUACAAACACACACACCCAUGCACCCUAGUCACAAAACACCUAAUAAAGCAGUUUCUUUUUUUUUUUUAACCCAAUGGUGAGCUGGUUCGCUCAAGUAAAGCUAGGAGUUGCUGUGAAGAAAAGACGGGUUGUGUGGAAACCUGGGGAGUGAAGGACAGACAGGGUGGGUUGGUGCGUACCUGUGGUUUGUGGGUGACUUUUCACUUCGGGCGCCCACAGACAAAGGUCGCACACGUCCGAUUGUGUGUUUGUGUUGGAUGCUUUGUGAAUGUUUGAGAACAAGAAAAAAAAAAAAAAGAUGAAGUGAUGGUCCACGGCGUGCAGCCGGAGCUCGGCUGGCAUGUUGAAACAUCCCAAAGACAGGUGAUAAUGUGAAAACAGAGCGACUGACUCCGCUCAGCUGUUAUUUAGAGGUGUGAAUGGAGGUGGGAAGCAGAAUAUGUGUGUUUUAUCUCCCCGCUUCCCUCUGCUCACCAGGUUUUUUUUUGUUUUCUCUCUCCCCCUCCUUCAACACCUUUCCAAUCAUUUUUAUGUGCGAUAAACGACUGCAGUACUCCACCACUGCCCCCCUUUCUUCUAUCCUUCAGGAGGAGAGACGGCCGGGCAGCGUUUAGUUCUCAGAUUUUCCUCUAUUCUCCUGCAGCCAUUGUAUUUUACCUCCAAAACUAACAGCCUCUUUAGUUAAAUAUUUAAGUACCUAUGACCUCUUUCCUUUCCUUUCUGAUUGAAUGUUGAGUUUUACGAAUGAACGUUUACGCGUGUUAACAGAUCAUAGCUGUGGCGUCCUGGUGAAAACCAGCUCCAGGGCGACACUAGCAAGGCUGGACCACAAACAAGGCAUUCAGGGGCUUUACUGUGUCCGUUGCUUUCUGUUAACUAAACGGGGCUGGGUGUUUUUUUUAUUCACCUGUUUUACAUAAAAGCAUUUCUUUUUCUUUUCAUGUUGUCAUAGCAGUUUCUUAAAAAAAAAAACAUGUUUUUAUGGAAGCUAGUUUAAUUGCUCCUUUGAAUUUUAUCAACAACAAAAAAAGUUGAUUAAACUUUUUAAUGAUUUUUUUUUCUUUUCUCCCUAAUUGAAUAUGGGUUUACCACAAAGUAAACGAACCACAGAAGAUCUGAGGAUCUAUGGAAGAGAUCCGGUGUGUAUGUGCGUGGUGGGAUGGGAACGAGGGGCGUCUGACCUAACGGAGACAGGUUAGAGUCAGACAUACUUGAAGGAAAGCGAGACGAUGUUUCUGAUGUAGAUUCUACUGUAAAGCCAGGUAGAUCUCUCUCCUCCAGACCUCUGCUUCCUGUAUUUGUGUGUUUUUGAUGCUUUCAUCUCUAUGCCGGUGGACUCACUCAUCUCACUUUGGCUGUACAUGUGCCUUUUAUUAAAGAUGAUGGAACCUG